AUGAAUCCAUUAGAUCCGAACUGGGUGCAAAUUCAACAUCGAUCCUUCUUAAACUGGGUCAACUCCAAAUUGAAAAACAGAAACAUUCAACUGACAAAUCUCGGAGAAGAUUUCAAAACGGGUGAAAAUUUAUUGAUUUUAUUGUCUGAAUUAACCAAAAACGAAUAUCCACUUGCUUCCAUUCGUCCUCAAUAUCGAAUUCAAAUGAUGAAUAAUAUUGCAGAAGCUUUGAACAUCAUCACAAAAGAUUUGAACAUUCCAUUGGUCAAUAUCGACAGCAAUGACAUUGUCGAUGGAAAUUUGAAACUUGUCCUUGCAGUGGUGUAUGCAUUGAUUUACAAAUUCCAAAUUUGUCAAGUAUUGGAUCAAAAAGAUCUUGAAGGAAAUAAGCAAAAUCCAGAAGCUCUCUUAUAUAUUGAACAAUUAUUGUUGCAAUGGUUAAACUCCACUCUCUAUGACAAUCAACCUGUGUUGACCAAUUUGACUUCUGACUGGACCGAUGGUGAACAUUUGAAAAAGCUCAUCUUGCACUUGACAAAUGGUCAAUCCACUACUCUUAACGAUCCCAAUUGGUCUUCAUUCGAUCCUGUCAAAAAACUCUCUCUCUGUAUUGAUCAAGCUGAACAUGAAUUACACAUUCCUCGAAUUCAAGAUGCACAAGAUUUGGCAAAUUCACCUGAUCGAUUUAGUAUGAUUGCAUAUUUGUCAUAUUUCAGAAUGGUGAAAAGUGAAAAUCAACCACAAGCUCAACAACAGCUAGAAAAUGUUUCUACUUGUAUAAUAUCUCCUGAAGAGACAAAGCAAGCAACUACAGCUGCUGUCAUGCAGACUCCUGUAGUGAUUGAGCAGAAGGAUGUGAGUGCUUCUUCAGCGCCUCCUUUGGAAGAACUGUCAAAUGUCACAACAGAUUCGCAACCAUCCAGUGUUUCGGCAGUUCAUGUUCAUCCUCCUCAACAAAUGGCUCAAUAUCAACAUCAUCAACCAAAACCACCACAACAACCCAUAGUCCUCAAUCAAAUGCCAACUCCUCCAUCGUCACAACCCACCAAUCUGAUGGAUACCAGCAGUCACGUGUCACAACACUAUUUACCUCAACAACAAUUAUAUCCAAAUGUGCAACAAGUUUCCACAACCUCCUCGAGUCAAAGCCCAAUCCAUGCUCAAUUACAACAACAAUGGUUACCUUCCAUCACUACAAUGAAUUCAGUUGUUACCAACACCUAUCCAAACAUGUCAUCACAUCCCUCUUCCUCUUAUUUACCAAAUUCAGGAACAUGCAACCCAACACAAGGACCUUUCAUGACCUCACAACCUCCAUUAUCUCAAUCAACAAUCUAUCCAAUGAACAUGAAUACCACAACACAAAUGUAUCAUCAGCAAAUGAUGUCACAGCCAAUGAUGAUGGGAAUGCAACCACAGCCACCAAUCAAUCCUGCAAUGUCACCUCAGAAUCCUCCUCCUCAGAUUAUGACCACGACAACGACGACGACGACUGGUAAUGUGUUCACGGACAUGUUUGGAAAUGUCUAUUCGACACAAUUACCACCUCAAGGAGGUCCAUACUUUUAA